AUGUUCACUGGAAUACAUCCAAUGAUUCCUUCCGAUGCUGAACUUGCCUCCAAAGCUCUCUCUGAAGAGGGCACCUAUCGAUUUCCAUCCUUUUCAGCCAAUGAAGCCGUUACUAUCGGUCUAUCAAUGCGAAAACGCUUUCGCGCAUCUUCCCGCCAUGGAAAGGGAAAGGGCAUGGUGAUAUCUAUACAAACUAUCGCCGGUCACACUUUGUUCUCCUGCACCGUUGGAGACUUGGGACAUGCGUCGGGCGUAGGCGAUGUGAGUCUCGACAGCUGGGCUUGCCUGGAAGGAAUGAUCAAUGUCGUCAGACGUACUGGCCAUUCGAGUUAUUAUGUGGAAAAGGGCAUGAACGCGAUGGGAAAGUCACCAAAACAAAUGGGCAUUCAGGGUGAUUAUAGAAUUAAUGGUGGAGCAUAUCCGAUAUGGCUCGAGAACUCCCCAUGCUGUCCUAUCGCUGUGGCUGCAUGUUACUCAGGCUCGAGUGACGAUGACCACCAUCUUGUCGUAAAUGUGGUCAGGGAUUAUCUUCACAAAAUCGAGAAAGAGAAAAAUGCCGACGGUCGCCCGUCCUCUUCCGGACUAGGAAUGCCAGUCCCUGCAGUUUCUGCAGUCCAAGUACGCGAAAGCAUGGUAUUCGGCAUUCACGCUUAUUACGAAUGA